CUCCCCGAUUCAAAAUUUUCAAAUGCUUCCCCCCCUUCGGUUUCCUAGUUUCACUCCCAUCGGGUUUCGUCUCGCUAGGGUUCCAGAUUCACCUCUCUCACCGUCGAUUGAUCCGGAUUUGGGCGGAAAUGUCGACGAUGGAGCACCUCUUCAUGCAGAUUUUCGAGCGGAAGAACUGGAUCGAGGACCAGCUCAGGCAGCAGAUCAAGUCCCAUGUUCAAUCCCUGGCCUACAACCUCCUCGCCGACGGCACCCGUCCUCCUUCUUGGCUGUGGGCCACGGAGUCGGCUGAACCUGGGUUCCCUAAUAUUGAUGAAAUGAAAAGAGAACAGCUUAUUUCAGGGAUCUUAUUCCCACAUCUGCAGGCUACCACUCCUUCAAUGAACCACAACAAUCUUUACACCGUGCCUGCCCUGAAGGGUACUAAUGUGUCCCAGCCCGGUAGCUUCUUUAAUGACAUGUAUGUCUCAAAUCAAAAUAUCUAUGCAGAGCUAUCUGAUGAAGUGGUUCCUAAUAAUUUCCUUAAAGACAGUGAACGAGAUUCUGAUAUAAUAGGCUUCAAAUCUGUUGAGGCUAAUGCUGGGUUUGACCCACUUGCAAGGAUACAGCGUUCCAGAUCGAGGCAAAGGGACUUAGAGAAUCGUCUCAGUAAGAAAGCAAAAAUUACAUGUUUUGGAUAUGAAAGUACUAUUGAUCAAUAUACCGGUAGAAUGACUCGGUCUAGGGUUGCCUCCCUCAAGCCUGGCAAUGUUAAAGAAACAUCAGUUAUGAAGAACUCAUUGGCUUUUGACAAUGUAGAUGAUGGUCGAGUCACUAGAUCAAGAAGAACAUCUCAGAAACUUGAUUCUCUUCACAAGUUAUCAAAACCAGCCAAACAUUUAAAACCUGUGGAAUAUGGAGCACAGAAGGCAUCAGAAGAUCAAAUGGAUUUCUCACCAGCUACGUCAGCAAAUAUGGACACUCUUGAAGUCAAUAACAUUGAUGAUGUCAUGCCUCCACAGAGAUGUGCUACUCAAACUGCAGUGGAGGGACUUGCCUCAGAUGCAUCUUCUCCUGUUAAUUCUGGGAUGAAGAUACCAUACACUGCAGCUCCAGAGCUACCUCAGACCCAUUCCCUAGUUGAAGCAAAGAAACCUCUUUUUGGUGGCAUUGAAUUUUGUGGUUCAAAUGACAACCCUGUUACUGCUUUUAAAAAAGAAAAUCAAGAGUACACCUCUGAGGUUACUCCUUUAAAGAUGCACAUGCAAUCUCUGAAAGAAGAUUCCUUUUGCAGAGAUUCUAUGAAUGCGCAUGGUUCUUUAACACGCAAGGAGCCUCAAGAUGAUGUCUUGCGCGCUGGACAAGUUAGGCAAAGAACAGAGGAAGCUGGCAGAUUUUCAGAUGAAUGUGCAGAGGAGAAUCAUAAAUUUGUUGAAGUAGAUGACUUAGAGUGUCAUUCCGACCCUAGUUCAUGCAAUCAAAAGCCUUCUCAGACACCCGUCCAAUUGUCUUUGAAACCAACACAUUGUAUCUCUGAAAAUGAGCUGACACAUCCAUCCCUUAUGAGGGACUCUAUGCUAAACUAUAGUAAAAAAUUUUCAGGUGAACAAAGUGUUCCACGAGAUUGUAGCUCUGAAAGUUCAUCAGGAGGGCUGGUGAAGCAUAAAUUGGAAGAGCAAUGCAGUGUACCUCUUAUUGAUUUGCAAACAAGCAUUGUAGCCAGCAGGCAGUCUAUUAUGACCAAUUCCGUGGUUGAACCAAAACAUCAUCGACUUGAUGGUAAGAAGCAUAUGGGUUUGGAUUGUAAUUCCAUUUCUUCAUUGAGGAAAGAAUCUAAGGGCAGAAAUUCUGAGACUGAUAUAAAAUUGGACACUGUGCAGUCAAUGAAAGAAGAAUUGUUCCACGGAGCUUCAAAAACAGCACAUUUUUCUCCAGCAAUUGUGCAGAUACAGGAAGAGGUUGUCUUACCUGCCUUAGAAGACAUGAGAAGUAUAGAUGAGAUCAACAGGGUCUCAGAUGAUGUUCAUGAAGAGAUUUUGGAGUUACUUGGAAUAGUGAAUCGAAAACGUAAUUCCCAAUUCAUGAACUGUGACAAUAUACCUUCACAUAUAUCUGUUAUGUCGGCUUUGGAAGUGAUGUCUGGGUGUGUUGCUAGUGAGAAACAUUCCAUCGACAGUCCUGUGAAGUGCCCUACAAAUGAGAAUUGUGAGGGAUUGCUCAUCAAAGAACCAAAUGGCAGUUUAAUCAAUCCGACAGAGACCCUUCUCAGUGUUGGUCCAGCAUUAUUGUUUUCUGAAACGGAUGAUAUAUGCAUAGAAGCUGAAGGAGCUCAGACCACUGCAGUGCAACUUGGGAAGACAGGCGUUGCAACACCCAUAUCGAUGUCUGGUGCUGCUGAAAAUCAUGAUGUGGAGGUAGAAUGCCAGCAUCUGCCAAAGAGUUCAACUAUCAGUAAUAAGAUUAUCAGUUCUUGUAAAUCAAAUGAUUCUGUUUUAGUUUCUUUAAAAAAAGCUGGCGAACAUUUUUCAGCUGAGGACACUGUGACUAAUUCUGGUAUCAGAGAUGCUGAGGAGAAGCUCCUUGUCAGAGAGAUGCCGAAUACGGCUGAAGCUCACAAUGCAAGAGCUCGUUAUUUUUUAAGAAGCUCUAGCAGUCUUGAUAAGAAUUUUGGUUCUUCUAUGGUAAAUGCUUUCAUUAUACCUUUCCCUGAUAAAAUAUCUAUGCAGCUGGAAACCAUCAAAGAUGAUAUUUAUGGAGGUUCAAAGAAUGUUCCAGAAAAAAAUGUCAUUCAUCACGUAGAAACACCAAACAAUACAGAAGCUCAAAUUGCAGCACCAGAAGCUCGUUACUUCUUAAGAAGCUUGACUAGCCAGCCAAAAAACCCUGAUUCUUGUAGAUUAGUUGGAACGAAUGAUGCAUCUAGUUCAAAGCAAUCAAUGGAAACUGUUGCUCCUGCAUGUGAAAUUUCAUGGCCUAAAAGGAGAAAAAUGGAGGGUCGAUCAAAUAACAUCCUCGCAACUUCUCCUAGGAUGAGGUUUAAACCUCUCCUGCAUGUUCAGAAGGGCAGUGGCUGCAGAAGCAAGAUCAGUUCAGAAAAUGCUUUUGGGGAUGGUUUGGAGUUAAAGUCAUCUCCCUUACCAAGUGAACUGAAAAGUGAAAUUGCAAAUGCAGUCUUCAAAAGCCCUCUCGAAGUUCUCCAUGGUAGUAAGAAGCUUCGUGUUAGAGAGGAUGGUUCUUGCUUAAAAGCUGAUGAACGAACUAUGGUGGCUCCCUUGCAAAUUGAAGAUAGACGAAGAGCGCCUUUUUAUGAUUUGGCAGGUGGAAUAUCUGGAACUUAUUUAACAAACAAAGCCGGAACCUCUGAAAUGUCUGACAUUAAUCUAAAAGAAUUUUGCAUGUCGGAAGAUAGUCAUGACCUAACACAUAGUGAGAGCAUUUUACGACAUAAAAUACCAAAGAGUCCUGGUUAUCAUGUGGAAUUUACUGAAGAGAGAAAAAUGUGUGAUACAGGAGGAAGUUUUUAUGAUUCAGCGAGAUUGUCUCAAUGUGAUGUUGGCAUGGCUGAUUGCGAUGAGACCAUGCCAGAGUUUGAGGGAUUUAGUAUUGGUGUUUCUUCUGUACUAGAGGACAGUGACUUCUAUAAUUCUGAUAUUCCGAAUCUUACAAAAGAACGGGAUUCUGUGCUGGAGCAGUUGUGCAAUUCUAGGAAUUUGGUUACCCCAAGUUCUUGCCUGUCCACCAAGUAUAAAAUUAAUAGACUUCCUGAUAUGUAUCAAUCUUUACCUGCUGGUAUUCUGGAGCACAUGAAGUCAAGCAAUCCAAUCCAUUCUAAUAAUGUUGAUAUGAAACAAUUUAGGGAAAGUGAAGGUGAGAAUUUUUCUGGUCUUUUUAACUUGGAAUUAGAAUAUGAUGGUUCUUUCAAUGGAAAGCUUCAUUCUCACAGUAUGCCGUCUUCAAGUGCAAGAUUCGGAUGGCUCACUAGUAAGCCUCCUUUGACCCCUGCAGUUGAAAAGUCCAGCCAGAAAAAGUUUUGGGGUAGAAGUGGCGCCAGUUCAGAGACAGUGGGUUCUAACCCAGAGCUUGUAUGUUUUCGUAUUGAUGAAAAUACAAGCACCACUGAAGAAAAUGAAAGUCCAGAUGGACUAGACAUGUCGAAAGAGAGGGUUGGCCCAAGAGAGAUCAAGGUGUCAACUAACAGAGAAGCUCUUCUAGAUGUCACUGCAGUUUAUGAUAAUGCACCAUCUUUAGUUUCUGUUUCCAAGAAGUUUGCUGAAAGAGGUAGUCUAGAGUCUCUGAACACGGAGUCUUACUCUGGGGCUCAAAAAAGUGUCCAUUCGGUUGUGGAAAAUGCUUGUGCCCAGAAGCCUAAGAUAGUGGAUAAGGAGAAGCAUAGUCUUCCAGUUAAUGGAAAUCGAGUUCGGAAAGCAUCUGAAUCUAUUAGUAGCAGGUCAAGUAAGCCAGAAAUUUCUGGAAAAGCAGAGGAUAGAAACAAAAGCCGGAUGCAUCUGGGAAAAGGAUGCAAGCCCAAAAAUAUUAUGUCCAAUAUAUCUUCCUUUAUUCCACUUGUCCAACAAAAGAAGCAAGCAGCAACAGCAAAAGGGAAGAGAGAAAUUAAAGUAAAAGCGUUAGAGGCAGCUGAAGCUGCGAAGCGUCUUGAAGAAAAGAAACAAACUGAGCGUGAAAUGCGGAAAGCAGCUGCGAAGGUAGGGCGUGCAAGGUUAGAGCAGGAGAAAGAACUCAAGCAAAAGCAGAAAGAAGAGGAAAGGAAGAAAAAGGAAGCAGAAGUUGCUGCAAGGAAGAGGCAGAGAGAAGAAGAAGAAAGAAAGGAAAAGGAAAGAAAGAGAAGACGUAUUGACGAAGCUCGAAAAUUGCAAAGGGAACAGGAGGAAAAAUUCUGUGCUGAGAAAGAGGAGAGAGAGCUUCGGCGCAAAGCUGAAGCUGAGAAGGAACGGAGGAAGAAAGAAUUGAUGGAACAAGCAAAUCGGCAACUGAAAUCAGAAAAAGAGGGGGAACUUGCUGGGUGCAGAAAACCUGCUGAUUUGGAAGCCGACACCACUGAGGUGGUAGUGAGGGAAAGGAAACAUGGAAAUAGUAACUUUGCAGGCCCCGAUGUGUCUAAAGAAUUAAAUGAUAUUGAAAAGUCGUAUGACAUGUCUCCAUACAGAGACUCUGAAGUUGAGGAUGAUGAUGCGGAAGAGGAAAUUAGGCGCAAAAGGAAAUACAUUCCUUCAUGGGCAAGGAGAGAAUGCUUGGAUCAAAUUUUACUUUCCAAUCAACAUCUAGAGCCAACAGAAAUCUUCUGUCGUAAGAAUUCUUUUGAUUUAAAUGAAGUUCUUUUGCCUCGUAUUCUCCACUUGCCAUCAUGAUAACAUGGUCAUGUUUUGUCACUUGCCUGCAUGGUGACCUUUGAUCUAGACAGUGGUGUAUCUGCGGAGCUCCCUCAAUGGCCUGGUUGUUGUGCCAUAUGUACCCGUUAUUUAGGCAUGAUUUAUGUUUAGUGAAGUAUAGUUGGUUCCAGAACAACUGGUGGCAGGAGUGGUGGCACUGAUUUUUCUUCUCUUUCUUUCUCUCUCUCUCUCUCUCUCUCUCUCUAGGUGUGCGAGUGUGGGUGUGGUUUGGGGGUGUCAAGGAGAUGUGCAUGCUCAAUUACCCCCCUCCUCUGUCAACACUCCCCCACUCCAAAAUAUGAUAUACGUGAAGUUCACAGUUCUGAUACCAUCAUGCUGUCAGUAUGGUGCUCAACUUGCAACUGGAACACUAAUAGUACAUGUACCAAUUAUUUUGCA